GGAUGCCUCGCGCCCGCCUUUCCGCGGGAGGCCGGACGACUGAGGGUGGCAGCACCGGCUGGAAGCGGGAGGCCUGGCCGGGCUGGGCGACCUGAAUGGAGCCGGGGCCGGUGCUGGUCCCAGCGGCCGCACCUCCGGGGACACGGCGCGUAACGGGAAGCUUCAGGGGCUGGGAGCAUUACAGGCUGCUCUCGGGGGCCAUAUAGGCCGGGCGCUCAGAAGGGGAGUAUGAGCCUGAUGUGGGCAGAAUCCAGAUGAGCUGGCCAGUGCUGUGAAGGAGCUGCGAGCGCCCCCGAGAGCCGUGAGAUGGCGCCAAAAACCAAGAAGGGAUGGAAAGGCUCCAUUGAUGAUUUACUUGGUGACCUUCUAGGGGAUGAUAUGACACUACCUGAGAAGCCUGUUAAACUAGCUUCACAUACCAGAGACACUACAGGUGUAUCUCAGAUGUUCCCUUCUUCAAAGGCUAGAACAAAGUCCCUCCUGGGUGAUGAUGUCUUCAGCACCAUCGCAGGCCUGGAAGAAGCUGAUGCUGAGGUUUCAGGUGUCUCAGAGGCAGACCCACAGGCUCUGCUCCAGGCCAUGAAGACUUUGGCCAGGAGAGACUCAGGCCUACAACCUUGCCUUCUGCUUCCUGCAGGGGGCGCCAUAUCCACCAAGAAGUCACCUCCGUCUCCCAGCAGCUCUGGGCAUCAGAACAGGAGGUUUUCCUCUGAAGACUUGGAAGACCCGUUGGCAGGACUUCUCUCCUAUGAUGAAGAAGGAAUCACCAAGAAGCCGCCUGUGACAGAGAGUAAAACAGCUUCUGACAAGAGCCCCAGCGCAGUCAGAGAUCAAGGUCCCUCUAUUCCGCUAACUCCUGGAGACACCCCCAUCCGAAAAAGAGAAGAAUUGUUUGACGAUGGGGAUGACAUCAUGGCCACCUUGGGGUUUGGAGACAGCCCCAAAGCAGAGAAGAGGCAGAUGGGAGACCAGGAAGGGCCUCGCCCUGCUCGCUCCACGCUGGAUGAGCUGCUGGGUCGAGGCACGGCCACCAAACUCCUGGCCCGCCCGGGCACAGGGGAGCACAGGGAGUUCAAGCUAGACAAGAAGUACCAGAGGCCACAGGAGAGUGAAGAUGCGUGGGGAGACGAGGACUUCACCUUUGGAGCCUAUCAGCCCACCAUGGGCUCCUCUGAGGGCCGGCAGUCCCGCAGGCAGUCUGUUAGGUUCUUAGCAGACAGUGGCCCAGACCCCAAGGGAGAACCAGGCUCCAAACAGAGCCCUCCAGCUGCUUCCAGCCCCAUCCAGCCCAGGAAGGGAGGAGCUGACUGGCUGGGCCUCAAGGAUGAGGACUUGGACCUGCUCCCUGCCUCACCCACCAGAGAGGCCCGUCGGGAAAGCUCGGUGCCUGUCACGCCCUCAGUGCCUCCUCCUGCGAGCCAGCACUCCACACCAGCUGGGCUGCCCCCCUCCAGGGCAAAGCCACCAACCGAAGGGGCAGGGUCCCCUGCCAAAGCCAGCCAGGCUUCCAAGCUGCGAGCCUCCAAGGAGGAGGAAGAGGAGGACUGGCUGAGCCAUGCCCUGUCUCGGAAGAAGUCCCAAGGCCUGGCCAGAGAGCAGCGUGCUGGGGCCUCUGAGGGCCUGAGUUUGGCGGGGACAGCUGGCCAUCCCCCUUCUGGCAGCCAACCUGUCACCAGCACACAAGGACUUGAGCAAGCAGCUACUGGAGGGAGCUCCGGAACAACCGCACAAGAAAGACCGUGUGUCAGGCCUGGUGACUCGGGGUCCCCUGUGACUCGGAACCAUGCCGCCUCAGCACUCCCUACAGGUUCCCCAAAGAGGCGACCAGCCCCUGGAGACCUCUCGGCCACUGAGCCUGCCACCUGUUUCCCGAGCACCCAGGAACCCACAAAGCCUUCCAUGCCCAUCCAGCCCCUGCUCCCAGAGUCCCUAGCCCGGAGCCUGCUGCCAGGUACAGAAUACCAGAAGCAGCUCCUGGCAGCACAGGGGCAGCUUCAGAGUGGCACCACUGAACUCCAGGCCGAACUGCUACAGAGCCAGGCCCGGCUGGCAGAGCUGGAGACCCAGGUGCGGAAGCUGGAGCUGGAACGGGCCCAGCAUGAGCUGCUGCUAGGGAGUCUACAGCAGCAGCACCAGGCAGACUUGGAGCUCAUCGAGAGUGCACACAGAAGCCGCAUCAAGAUGCUAGAAACAUCGUACCAGCAACGGGAGGAGCGGCUCCGGAGAGAGAAUGAGGAGCUGUCAGCUCGGUAUCUGUCGCACUGCCAGGAGGCUGAACAGGCCCGUGCUGAGCUCACGGCCCAGCACCAGCGGCGCUUGGCGGCCACAGCGCAGGAGAAGGACCAGGAAAUGCAGCGGCUCCAGGAGCUGCAGCGGGCGUCCAUCCUAGAGAUGCGCAGAGACCAUGAGGAGCAGCUGCAGCGGCUAAAGCUGCUGAAGGACCGAGAGGUCGAUGCUGCCACCAGUGCCACCUCUCACACGCGGUCCCUGAAUAGCAUCAUCCAUCAGAUGGAGAAGUUCUCCAGCAGCCUGCACGAGCUGUCCUCCCGCGUGGAGGCCUCGCACCUCACCACCUCCCAGGAGCGGGAGCUGGGGAUCCGGCAGCGUGACGAGCAGCUGCGGGCACUGCAGGAGCGGCUGGGCCAGCAGCAGCGGGACAUGGAGGAGGAGCGGAGCCGGCAACAGGAAAUCAUCGGGAAGAUGGAGGCACGGCUGAAUGAGCAGAGCCGGCUGCUGGAGCAGGAACGCUGGCGGGUGACUGCCGAGCAGUCCAAGGCGGAGUCCAUGCAGCGCGCCCUAGAGGAGCAAAGGAAGGUCACGGCCCAGCAGAUGGCCAUGGAAAGGGCGGAGCUGGAGCGGGCCAAGAGCACCUUGCUGGAGGAGCAGAAGUCUGUCAUGCUCAAGUGCGGGGAGGAGCGGCGGCGCCUGGCGGCCGAGUGGGCGGAGUUCUCUGCACAGCAAAAGCUGAGUAAGGAGCGGGCCGAGCGCGAGGCCGAGCGGGCGCUGCAGGUGGACACCCAGCGGGAGGGCACCCUCAUCAGCCUGGCCAAGGAGCAAGCUGAGCUGAAGAUCAGGGCCAGCGAGCUCCGGGCUGAGGAGAAGCAGCUGGCGGCAGAAAGAGCAGCCCUGGAGCAGGAGCGGCAGGAGCUGCGGCUGGAGAAGGAGAGGACCAACGCCACCGCCCUACGUGUCAAGCUCCGCGCGGAGGAGGUGGAGAGCAUGAGCAAGGUGGCCUCCGAGAAGUAUGAGGAGGGCGAGCGAGCAUUGCGUGAGGCCCGGCAGGUGCAGGCAGAGCAGCAGGCCCGGUUGCAGGCGGUGCAGCAACAGCAGGAGAGGCUGCGGAAGCAGGAGCAGCACAUGCACCAGGAGCAUCUGAGUCUGGCCCAGCAGAGGCUGCAACUGGACCGCGCACGACAGGACCUGCCCUCCAGCCUCAUGGGUCUGUUCCCCAGGGCCCAGGGCCCUGCAGCCUCCAGCCAGAGAGCCCUCUUGCCUACUGCUCCCAGCACCCGCUGGUGCAGCCAGCCACCGACUGGCCUGGACCCCAGCCCCUCACACCUUCAUGCCAGGAUGGUGCUGCUGAGGCACACGGCAGAGCAGGACCGCGACUUCUUGGAGAAUGAACAGUUCUUUCUGGAGACCCUGAAGAAAGGGUCCUACAAUUUGACAUCUCAUUCAGCCUGAGUGGGAUCCCAGCCGAUUCCCCAACAGAGGAAAAUGUUUCCUGUUACUUGCCGGACAAGUCCCAAAGAACAGGCAGAUGUUCCUAUUAAAAAAGUCAGUGUAUAAGAUUGGUCAGGACCAGGCGCCUCUGGCCACGUGCCUCCCCCCUCCAGCACCUACAGUCUCCAGUGGCACCUGGCAGCUGGACCACAGCCAGGAGAAGGGUACUAUUAGCCCUGCUUCAAACAUGCAGAAACUGAGGCCUGGGCAGAUUAAAUAA